UCCAUUCACUGGCAUUUUCGGCCAUAAAUGUGGAAGUACAAAGCUGCGGCAUAAUCUCUCUCGCUCGCUCCCUCCAUUUCCGUUCUGAGGCGUCGCUUUGACCUUGCUAGCGUACCGCAUGCUCUCUGUCACGCCAUUAAAGCUUGAGCAGUAACUCUUCCCUGCGCGCAUCUGUGUUUCUUCAGGUUGAAGUCCAUUUAUAGUCAACAUGUAUCUUUGGAAAAGAAACCCUCAGAACCAUCAAGUGGAUGAUUCUGAAAAUCCAGAUGCAAAGGUUACUGAACUUAGAGCUGCUAUUGGACCCUUAUCUGGACGCAGUUCAAUAUUCUGCUCAGAUGCAUGCCUGAGAAGAUAUUUGAAAGCUCGGAACUGGAAUGUUGACAAGGCAAAGAAGAUGUUGGAAGGGACGCUUAAAUGGAGGGCAACUUAUAAGCCUGAAGAAAUUUGUUGGCAUGAAAUAGCACAUGAAGGUGAAACUGGCAAAGUUUUCAAGGCAAAUUUUCAUGAUCGAUUGGGUAGGACUGUUCUCAUCCUAACACCAGCAAAGCAGAACUCUGAUGAUGCAGAAAACAGUGUUCGUCAUUUAGUCUAUCUUAUGGAAAAUGCUAUCCUUAACCUUCCUGAGGGUCAAGAGCAAAUGUCAUGGUUAAUAGAUUUCACAGGAUGGAGCUUGACCACCAAUGUCUCUGUCAGAACAGCUCGUGAUGUCAUUAACAUUUUACAAAGCCACUACCCAGAAAGACUAGGCAUUGCAAUUCUUUAUAGCCCACCUAGAAUUUUUGAGGCAUUCUGGAAGGCCGUCAAGUACUUCCUUGACCCAUUAACAUUUCAAAAAGUGAAGUUUGUUUACCCGAAAAAUAAAGAUAGCGUGGAGCUGAUGAGGUCAUUGUUUGAUGUUGAAAACCUUCCGAGUGAGUUUGGAGGAAAAGCCACGCUUGUAUAUGAUCAUGAGGAGUUCUCCAGGCAGAUGGGAGAGGAAGAUGUGAAGACUGCCAAGUUCUGGGGAAUUGAUAAAAGUCACACUGCCAAUGGCCGUUCAAGGGCUGAGGUGGCACCGGAGCCGGUUGCUGCUUCACCAAUCUCAAGUUGAAUUCCCUUGUCUAAUUCAUGGACUGUAAAAUAAGUACAUUCCGCUUGGAUUGAAUGAAACGAUACUAUAUACUCCUAAAUUGAAGACAUUGGGAGACAUUCCUUGCGGAUCUGAAUGAACUUUGUUUUGUAUGGCUCACUACUAACCAUAAGAAAGGAGCCUCUGCUUCUCCUGU